GAACGACUCACACUUGGUUAACUUAAUCGUUGGCGCAUCCAUGGGGUGAUGAAUGCGAGCACCCGCCAUGGCCGUGCGAGUGGCCAUGGCUACCAUGCGAGUUGCUGCGAUGCCAGUGGCCAUCAUGGGAGGAAUCGAGAGCGUCGGUGUUGGGUUCGUUCACAUGCAUGACUUGCACGGUCAGGUGGGCAACAUGGACAACUUCAAGGAUGGUUCGUCGCACGUGCAUGACGGCGCCAUCGACGUGCUUGUCGAUGACGACAUGGACCGUCGCAAUGAGCUGGCCGGCUUGGGACCAUGCAUGGACGUUGGCGACGUGGUGGACAAACGGGAGUUGCUGCACUCGUUGCUUAGCAACGUUCAAGGAUGACGCGGUCGAAGCCGAGAUGCCUUGGACCAACUGGGUCAUGGUGUCUUUGAGAAGCGGGAAAGUGGACCCAAAAAUAAGCACCGAAAUGAACGCCGAGCAGAGCGGGUCCAUGAUGUACCAGCCAUACCAAUCGAUGCAGAUCGACGACAGAAUCACGCCGACCGACCCCAUCGUGUCUGCCAGCACGUGCAGGUACACGCCGACCAUGUUGGAGUUGGCGCUCGGACAUCCUUCGCCGCCGUGCGAGUGGCCAUGCGCGAGAUCGUGGAACCAUAUGAGGCCCACCACAUUCAUGACGAGCCCACCGACCGACGUCACGAGCAAGUUGUCCGUCAUGAUCGUGGGAGGCUCGACGACGCGCUCGAUUGCUUCCAUCAUGAAGUGCACCGCCAUAAACACGAGCAAGAGCGAGUUGACAAAGCCGCUGAGCACCUCGACGCGAUCGUACCCGAACGUGUAUCGGUCAUUGCAUGGCCACUUGGACACCAUGGAAGCACCGAGGCCAAUGACUAGCGCACCAUUGUCAAACAGCAUGUGGCCGGCAUCGCUGAGGAGCCCGAGCGAGUUGGUGACGUAGCCCACAACAAACUCGACAAACAUGUACAGGAUGUUGCCUGUGAGGAAGAGCAGGAUCUUUUGCGUGGCAGGGUCGCACGAGCGCCAGGUGGUCAGGAUCGACCGACUCGAGAUGCGGCGGGGCAUAGCAAACGAAGCCGACUUCUCCAACGUCGAUAGAUACAUAAACCAGCCCCACGCGAUCGAGGCCAGUGCCCCAAACGAGAGUACCACGUGGACCAGAACGUGCCAUGACAGCGUAUGCGGCGAAGACAGAGCGGUUGCAACAGCCAGGGGAAAUUGUAGCCCCAGACGAAUGGACACGUUCAGGUGGGCCUGGCGAGAAUCCGUCGAGUCAUCGAGGAACACCGUCGCUGGCAGCACGAUGGCUCCAACGCCCGCAACCACCAACCCGGCAAGCACAGCCAACGACGACACGUGGGUCUCCACUUGUGGGAUGUGCACACUCGGCGAUGUUAGGGUGGAGCCGAGCACGUAGUACGUUGCAACGGACGUGGCUAUGGCUGUGCUGUACACGACGGCAAUGGUUGAGGGAGAGUGAGUCUGGCGAUUGAAGGAGCUGGAAAUGUAUUUGAGCCCGACAGACGCGGCGAAGAGGGACAAGUGGAAAAGCAGCGACGGACCGGUUGUAGAGUUGGACAUCAUGGAGGGAAACACGAGCGCCAACGCAUACCCGGUGGCAAUUGCGACGACGGCAUUGGCAGGAGUGUUUUGGUGACAAAAUGCUUUGGACAGCGGCUCGGUGAGGCAGUGGGUGGCAGAUUCCACGAGGGCGGUGAAUUGCAGGCCGCAAAAAUGCAGCAUGCUCAUGCGGAGGACAAACAGCGUGGCAAGGAGACCGCCUUGAAGUACCGAUCGAAGGACUGAAGGUGUUGCUGAGGUCAUGGAUUUGUGUGGAUGGGUUGGGAGGAAGGGCGAAGUAGGCGAAGAUGACGACGAGGAAAAUGCAGCAAUGACGCCAACGGCUGCAAACGUCCAUGGUAGGCACGCCACGGCAGUCGCCAAGUUGUUCGAGGAGAACGUAAUGUUGUGCAAUAGGGACAGCCACGCCAGCUGCGUCAACGCGGAUCCCGCAGCUAGCAGGGUACUUUCUUGGCGUUCUUCCUCGUGGAAGAGCACGUCGCGGUGGUCAUGCAUGUGAUCGAAGGCUGGCUGUGCGGAAAUGCCUGCUGCGAUGGUUCGUGGCACUUGACCUGAUGGGUUGGCUUGUACUGCGAGAGGCGGCAAA